AUGGAUAGCAGGGUGUCGAGCACAGCCAGCAAUGGAGAGACAAAACCAGCGUACCCAGGCAUGGAAAAGGCGGAGGAGGCUGGCGCCCUGCAGCGGGGCCAGUGGAGCAACAAGAUGGAGUUCGUGCUGUCCGUGGCCGGGGAGAUCAUCGGGCUGGGCAACGUCUGGCGGUUUCCCUACCUCUGCUACAAAAACGGGGGAGGUGCCUUUUUCAUCCCCUACCUCAUCUUCCUCUUCACCUGUGGCAUUCCUGUCUUCCUCCUGGAGACAGCACUGGGCCAGUACACCAGCCAGGGGGGCAUCACAGCCUGGAGGAAGAUCUGCCCCAUCUUUGAGGGUAUCGGCUACGCCUCCCAGACCAUUGUCGCCCUCCUCAACGUCUACUACAUCAUAGUCCUGGCCUGGGCCCUCUUCUACCUUUUCAGCAGCUUCACCAUCGACCUGCCCUGGGGGAGCUGCCACCACGACUGGAACACAGAGCACUGCGUGGAGCUCCAGAGGACCCGCAGCCCCGGGAACGUGAGCGCUGAGAACGCCACCUCUCCCGUCAUCGAGUUCUGGGAGAGGCGGGUUCUGAAGAUCUCGGACGGCAUCCAGCACCUGGGGGCCCUGCGCUGGGAGCUGGCCCUGUGCCUCCUGCUCGCCUGGGUCGUCUGCUACUUCUGCAUCUGGAAGGGGGUCAAGUCCACAGGCAAGGUGGUGUACUUCACAGCCACCUUCCCUUACCUCAUGCUGGUGGUCCUGUUGAUUCGAGGGGUGACGCUGCCUGGGGCCGCCCAAGGAAUCCAGUUUUACCUGUACCCAAACCUCACGCGUCUAUGGGACCCGCAGGUGUGGAUGGACGCGGGCACCCAGAUCUUCUUCUCCUUCGCCAUCUGCCUGGGGUGCCUGACGGCCCUGAGCAGCUACAACAAGUACCACAACGACUGCUACCGGGACUGCAUCGCCCUCUGCUUCCUCAACAGCGGCACCAGCUUCGCGGCCGGGUUUGCCGUCUUCUCCAUCCUGGGCUUCAUGUCCCAGGAGCAGGGGGUGCCCAUCUCUGAGGUGGCCGAGUCAGGCCCUGGUCUGGCCUUCAUCGCCUACCCCCGCGCUGUGGUGAUGCUGCCCUUCUCGCCCCUCUGGGCCUGCUGCUUCUUCUUCAUGGUGGUCCUCCUGGGACUGGACAGCCAGUUUGUGUGCGUGGAAAGCCUGGUGACGGCGCUGGUGGACAUGUACCCCAGCGUAUUCCGCAAGAAGAACCGGAGGGAGGUCCUCAUCCUGGGGGUGUCUGCCACCUCCUUCCUCGUCGGGCUGGUCAUGCUCACAGAGGGCGGCAUGUACGUUUUCCAGCUCUUUGACUACUACGCGGCCAGUGGCAUGUGCCUCCUGUUCGUGGCCAUCUUUGAGUCCCUCUGUGUGGCGUGGGCCUACGGAGCUGGGCGCUUCUAUGACAACAUUGAAGACAUGAUCGGGUACAGGCCGUGGCCCCUCAUCAAAUACUGUUGGCUCUUCCUCACACCAGCUGUGUGCACAGCCACCUUCCUCUCCUCCCUGAUCAAGUACACCCCACUGACCUACAACAAGAAGUACCUGUACCCGUGGUGGGGCGAUGCCCUGGGCUGGCUCCUGGCUCUCUCCUCCAUGAUCUGCAUCCCCGCCUGGAGCUGCUACAAGCUCAGCACUCUCAAAGGCUCUUUCAGAGAGAGAUUUCGCCAGCUCAUGUGCCCAGCUGAGGACCUGCCCCAGUGGGCCGGAGCGGAGCCCCCUGCCCCGGCCACGCCCAGGACGUCGGAACUGGAGUCUCACUGCUAG